AUGUGUUUGCAGGACAUUUUCACUGACAAUGAUGAAAUCUACGAGUCCAAAGUCGUACCCAUGGAUGCAUUAAUCAUGAAGGCGUAUCACAGGUACAACAAGGGCCAUGUGGUUCGGCAAAAAGUGCAGCAUGAGGUGUGGUUUGAAACACCUUCUCUGAGAAAAAGAUCAGAGGAUGAUCAGGCUCCAUUGGAUGAAGACCCCGAGCUUGCCAGGGCCAGGGCGGAUGUCAGAAGGUGUUGCCGAUGCUGCAGAUGUUGCAAAUGCUGGAACAAAUGCUGGCGCAAGAUUUGCCGAUGCUGCACGGCAGUAUGCUGCUUUUGGUGCCCGACAAUUAUGCAAAAGGACGUCACCCCUGCAGUUCUCAAGUUGGAGGUGGAAAUACUUUCACUUGAAGAGGCAGCUGAAGACCCAUUGGCCAGGGAGUCUGGACGCUUUGCGGAGCCAACGGAGCGGUUGGAUUGGACAUGUGCCAUCACCGCACCUAAAAAGUUUUUCUUCAACUACAUUGGGCCCUCAAACUACUACUUGCUCAGACGGACAGUGUACUGCACCACAACCCUGGUGUGCAUGCUUCUUGUGCUGGGUGUGGUAUACUUGCUCUUGCAGAUCCUUAUGCCAUCUCUUGAGCUGAAAGCAAAAAUUGACGCGAUGUAG